AUGUUCAGCGUGCCACCACAAUUGUACAGCAACAACAGAAACUACGACGAAGACGACGACGACGACGGCGACGGCAGCGGCGGAGGCGGCAACAACGCAAACAACGUCAUCAACGUCAGCGUGAUCGGAUCGUACGACCUGAGACAGCGCCGGAAGAGAUGCGCGGUCAACUGUUGGCUGACCAUGGUGUUCCUCGCGUACUCGUUCCUGCUCACCGUCCGGUUACACUUCACGUACUCGAUGAUGGUCAUGAUGAACGUGCCGCUGGUGGCGGCGUCCGUCGACCGGCCGCUGUGUCCGGGCGCCGUGCUGGACGUGGGCGCCAACUCCACGACCGCGGUGGCCAGGCGUCUGGACUGGACGAUCCGGCAACAGGCGGCCACGAUGGGCGCGUACUUUUUCGGCACGCUGGUGUCCACGCUCCCGGGCGGCGUGUACUCGAGCCGCGGUUACGAGCGGUCCAUAAUGCUGUGGUGUGUGGCCGUCACCGCGGCCACGAUGGCACUGGUGCCCGUGGCGUUCGUACAGUACGAGAGUUGGGCGGCCGUCACGUUCCUCAGGUUCCUGCAAGGGUGUGCGUUCGGGCCGACCGGCUCGUGUGGCGGGAUAUUAGCCGGCAAAAUCGUACCAAAAACCAACAGAAUCCUAUACACGACGUUCAUGUUCUCCGGCACAGUGUUUGGCGGCUUCUUCGGUCACUUAUACAGCGGAAUAGUCAUACCUAACGUAUCGCUCGACGGCAGCUUUAUAACACUGUCCGUCAUCGGAUUCAUCUGGGCCGCCGUGUGGGGGACCAUGAUUCAUCUGACACCAUACAUUAACGACUUCAGCGACCUCCCUAAGUCCGUGUCGUUCAUCUCGACGGCGUGGACCGUGAUCAUACGAUCAAUGCCGUUCAUCAGUCUACUAAACGCAUCAUUCGGACUCGGAUUUUUAUACAGCUUUAUCACUACCGGAUUACCGAUUUACGGUGCCAAUGUCCUAGGCGGCGAUGCUGUGAAAACCGGCAUACAAGUAUCUGUGUCUUGGCUAAUCAGUUGGGUUACGUCUGUAAUCGCAGGAAUCUCGGCCGCGUCGAUGACGAAUGUCGACACGAAUACGAAAAUAAAGGUCAGAAAGCUGUAUGUUGGAAUUGUGUUAAUAGGAUCACCGAUAAUGCUCUUGGGUGUCAUGUUUGCAGAAUGUGACGUGUCGUUGGCCAGAACAUUUAUAAGAAUGACUGUGAUAUUAUUGGGCUUCGAACGAAGCAGCAUUCGAAUAAAUUCUCUAGACUUGUGUCCUGGUUAUGUAGGAAGUCUAAUAGCCAUGUGUGAUGUUUUUUACUCCAUGGGCAAUAUAAUUGAUUUAGUGUUGGUUCGAAAUAUAUUUGCAAACACUAUGAAUUGGAGCAUAACAUUUCAGGGGACUAUCAUCUUAUCAAUUGCGUGUAGCAUACUAUUUCUUUUGUUUGGCUCCUCACAAAAACAAUGCUGGGAUCAAAGAUACGUACAUCCGUAA